UGUGAAAAUACAUAAUUACAAAGACCACAAACCCAAAAGUCGUGUAUGUGACAUCGUAACUGUUUCUCUCGAUGACUGAAGCUAACGUUACACAUACAUAUAACAUCAGAUGAGUUACAUUUUUGUGUGGAACAUAGCUAAAUUACCUAGCUGGUGGCAGCCAAUGAACGUUGCUGACGUUACAUUGUGCGAGACGAGAAAUGUAGUUCAUUGAAGAGAUUUCACACAAAUCUAAAUGUAACUUUGGACAAACUGCGACUUUCUUGACUGGCAAAAUUUAAUUUUAAAUUGACCAACAUCAUAUGUGUAAUUCAGGGCUCAAUUCUAACGGUAUAAAAAGAUAAGUCGCCACUGACUACCGUACAUAUUUUUUCUGAAAUAAGGUCCCAUGGGGCAGAAGCGGAAGCGAGGGACUUAAGCUGUCUAUAAGACAGUGGUCAGCCGAUAUGAGUUUUUCAGUGGCUGAUUUCAGAACAUGAUGUUUAAGGGAGAGUGGGGUACAGUUUGUCAGAAGUGAAGUCAUUCAACUGCCUUUUUCUCAACAAUAUAACAAUAUAUAUUUAACGCUAGCCAAUAAUGGUUUAGGAUUAGAUUUGCCGCCAUUUAGGACAGGAGAAACGUGUUAACUUUUAGAAAAGACAAAGGUGACAGACGACAUUUAGAGCUUGAAAUUUUUCACCACUUUCCCAAAACUCACAGUGGGGAGUGCCGACAUCGUUCCACAGGAGCCACACUGAAAAGGCUGCCUGCAGACGUGUCCGCAUACAUUUUUUGUUUAUCAGACUCAAGAGCGCAGGAAUCAGCAGAUAAUGGGCUGACCGAUUAAUCUGUCCAUCACUAUUACAAGAGUAGAGAAGAUCCUACCUACAGCUUUAAAUAGUUUACCCACGUGAAAGAGGAAAAACAGAUAACAACUGACUGAAAACGGCUGAAGUGAAAGUCGACAAGGAUGUUGUUUAUCCUGUCCUUGCACACAGAAAGGUUCACAUACAUUAUUAUAAAGAGGCAGAGAGCAGUGAUCUGUCAACACAAGAGGCCACCCCCUCUAAUGGGGUGCGUGUUUCUAUUUAAGUCUCCUUGUGAUAGAGGAGGGACAAAGGGGAGCAGGAGAUAAAUAUGCGGUUGUGUUCACUCCAUCACUUUGUGUCGGUCUGCAUCCACAGCAUCAACACAGGAAGGGGGAAUUGAAAUAGCCAAGAUGCCUGAGAAAGUACCGGAGAGGAAAUCUAAAAUCUCAGCCUCCCGCAAGCUCAUGCUGAAGAGCUUGAUGGUUGCCAAGGCCAAGGAGGAGCUGGAGCAGGAGAUGGAAGAAAAAGAGGAACAGAAGGAAAAUUACCUGAAAGACAAAUCUCCUCCAAUACAGACCAGUAGCAUGUCCUUAGCAGAGCUACGGACGUUAUGUGAAGAGCUGCAUGCCAAAAUAGAUGUGGUGGACGAGGAGCGGUAUGACAUUGAAGCCAAAGUCUUGCACAACAACAGAGAGAUCAAAGACCUAAACAUUAAGGUACUGGACCUGCGAGGGAAGUUUAAGAGACCCAACCUCAGAAGGGUGAGGGUCUCUGCUGAUGCCAUCCUGCGCUCCCUACUGGGCUCCAAACACAAGGUGUCUCUGGAUCUGCGAGCUAAUCUUAAAUCAGUCAAGAAGGAGGACACAGAAAAGGAGAAGACGGUGGAGAUGAGUGACUGGAGAAAGAAUGUGGAAGCCAUGUCAGGCAUGGAGGGCCGCAAGAAGAUGUUUGAUGCAGCGAAGGGCCCAAACCAGUAAACAGGUGUUCUUCAAGAAACAGCUGGCUUCCAUCUAAUGUCAAAUACCAUAACUUGUAAACCGCAGAGUGUAGAAGACAAGAACACAAAACAUAAAUGCAUAAACUCUCAAGUACUUCAGAGGGUUGCAAACAAUUUGUUGGUAUUUUAUAUUCACUACACUGUGUGUUUUGUUUCAUUGUCACUGAAAUAAACACAGCAUAUACAGUC